AUGGAGUUCAACGGCACCCACGACUACCCUGGGUUUCCUACAGGGUUUCCCUACAACUCCAGCAUGGACUACGAGGACUACGAACAGGAGACGGACGCCAGCAAGAUCAUCAUCCCGUCCAUCUACGCGCUGGUCUGCUGCGUGGGCCUCACGGGCAACGCCAUGGUCAUCUACGUCAUCCUGAAGUACGCCAAGAUGAAGACGGCCACCAACAUCUACAUCCUCAACCUGGCCAUCGCCGACGAGCUCUUCAUGCUGAGCGUGCCCUUCCUGGCCACGUCGGCCGCCGUCCGCCACUGGCCGUUCGGCUCGCUGAUGUGCCGCCUGGUCCUCAGCGUGGACGGCAUCAACAUGUUCACCUCCAUCUUCUGCCUGACUGUGCUGAGCGUGGACCGCUACGUGGCCGUCGUCCACCCCAUCAAAGCCGCGCGCUACCGCCGGCCCACCGUGGCCAAAGUGGUCAACGUGUGCGUGUGGGGCUUCUCCCUCCUCGUCAUCCUCCCCAUCAUCAUCUUCGCCGACACGGUGCCGGCCCAGGACGGCGGCGUGGACUGCAACUUCCUGUGGCCCGAGGCGGCGUGGUCCGAGGCGUUUGUGGUGUACACCUUCCUGCUGGGCUUCCUCCUCCCCGUGGGGGCCAUCUGCCUGUGCUACUGCCUGAUGGUGGCUCGCAUGCGGGCCGUGGGGCUCAAAGCCGGCUGGCUGCAGAGGCGGCGCUCGGAGAAGAAGAUCACGCGGAUGGUGCUCCUGGUGGUGGCCGUGUUCGUGCUCUGCUGGAUGCCCUUCUACAUCGUCCAGCUGGUCAGCGUGUUCCACCGCCCGCCGGACCCCAUGGUCACGCAGCUGUUUGUCAUCCUUAGCUACGCCAACAGCGGCGCCAACCCCAUCCUCUACGGCUUUGUGUCGGACAACUUCCGGCGCUCCUUCCAGCGGAUCGUGUGUUUCCGUUGGCUGGAGUCGGGCCUGGACGGCGAGCAGGUGGACUACUGCGCCGUGGCGCUCAAGAGACAGGCCAGACCUCCGGACUUCCCCAAGGAAUGUCUGGCCUCGGACAUGGUGUUCCGGAACGGGACCUGCACCUCUAGGACCACAACACUGUGACGGCUUGAGACAUUGGUGAUGGGAGGGGUGAGCGACGGUUUGUAAAGAUACUCUGUGAGGUAGCGGGUCAGGGGCUGGACAAGAUGCUGACUACACUGUGACCAGGAGACCAUGAGGGAAGAUCUACACACAGCUAGGGAGCUACAUAUCGUUACACAAAAGUAUGCUGACCUGGUGGGAUGCCACAGCAAACCACCGGCACUGCGCACAAUAACUGGACUUGACACAGCUAUUCUUUGAAGUGAACCAGCGCUUUAUGUAAAGAAAACAAUUUACAAUAUGAGUUUGCUUGACAAAUAAUUGUUUGCCAAUUGUAAACUGGAUAUAGAGUUUUAUUUUCUGGUAAACACCACAGAGUGUAGGUAAAGACAAUCUACACACAAUAUUCCAAUGUGAUCAAAGUUUGACAGAUUUACAUUUUACAUGGCAGGAGGAAAAGUAAUUUAAUGACAUUGAUGAUGUGUUGGAAUCAAACUGUGAAAGUGAAUAAUGUCUGUGCACUCCCUACUUUAAGUUUACAUGUUAUUUUUCAAUGCUGAUUGUCUAUGUAUUCACUGUAUGUAUGUAUAUAUUAUAUAUCUGUUGAUUGUUUAUUUGUGAGCUGUUUAUUUGUGUUUGUGAGUCUUUUAGAGGGUUACAAAGCCUGACACUGAACCCAACCAAUUAUUUGUGAUGUUGGUACAUGGACCACAACAUAAUUAA